AUGGACAUUGACAAUCUCCAUGUUGCCAUCCACAACCUCACCACACAGGUCAAUUACCUGUCCCGCAGCAACGGCUUCGGCAACACCAACAACACUUCUCGCCCUCCCAAGCUCACCCCUGAAGAGAAGGCCUACCUCAUCGCCAACAAGGGCUGCUUCCGCUGCCGCAAGCUUGGUCAUAUGGCAAACCAGUGUCGCACUUUUCCAAGCCAGCAACAGCCGCGUCAGGUCAACAACGUCGAAGUUGCCGCUAGCUCUUCUUCUGCACAGGCUUCUUCCCAGACCCAGUCGGGAAAAGCCAACAGCAACUAG